GUCAAAUUCAUUCAUUGAUUGAUUGAUCGUGUAACAAAACAAUUUAGUGAAAUAGUGACUCGAUUUGAAUCUUUAUUUAUAUUAACAAACAAAAUGCAAAGAAAUUUGCCACAAAAUAAAGAAGCCCUGCUUAAAUCCUACACAACAAGAUUAAAGGAAGAUGUUAAAAGCAUGUUAGAAAAUUUUGAAGAGAUCAUCAAGCUUGCAAAACUUGAAAAUGAAACCCAGCUCAAUAGAAUGACACAAAUUGAACAAGACACAUUUGAAAUGCAGGUCCGGGCAGCUAAUAUUGUGAGAGCUGGUGAAUCCUUAAUGAAGUUGGUGUCAGAUAUCAAACAAUACUUAAUACUAAAUGAUUUUCCAUCAGUAAAUGAAGCUAUAACACAAAACUCCAAACUAUUUCGCACAAAGCAACAGGAAUGUGAUCAAAAACUAAUGUCACUCCGAGAUGAUAUUGCAGCCGAUCUCUAUGAUUUGGAAGAUGAAUAUUUUACUAGUAUUUAUAAGUGAAAUCUAUGUUUGUAUGAUUAAACUAAAAUAAAUUAAUAUUCCU